AAAUUGAAGAAAAGCGAAUAGAAAAAUAAAGUAAAACAAACGCAAGAGAAAGUGAAGAAACAGAGGAUAGGAAGCAAGAGAACCACACAUAGAAAAUCCAAAUGGCAUCGACGAUGAUUGCGGCGGCAGCAUCUUCCUCCAUGGUGGCCACUGCCAUCAGAACUUCUCGCUGCUCUGCCUUGCCUUGCCUUCCUCCUCGCUCCUCCUCCCGGUCCUUUCCCAUCAAACAUGUCUCACUCUCAGAGUCCCACAGGUUUGCUCCACUCCAGAUCAGAGCCUCUUCUUCAGAAGAAUCCUCUGUCGACGCUAAUGAGGUUUUCACAGACUUGAAGGAAAAGUGGGAUGCAGUUGAAAACAAGUCCACAGUAAUUCUCUAUGGAGGAGGGGCAAUAGUUUUUGUUUGGCUAUCAUCGAUUGUUAUCGGUGCCAUCAAUUCAGUACCUUUGCUUCCCAAAAUCAUGGAGUUGGUGGGGCUUGGAUACACUGGAUGGUUUGUCUAUAGAUAUCUUCUCUUCAAGUCGAGCAGAAAAGAACUAGCCACGGACAUUGAAGUAUUGAAGAAGAAGAUUGCAGGAACUGAAUAGACUUGCUUUGUUGGGCAGUGGAUGUAACUUCUCCCAUAUCAAUUUAUUUCUUUGCUCUGCGUCCCUGCAGUAAGAUCCAUUUUGUAUUCUGUAAUGUAGAAUAGGCCUUGUAAGAGUUCUGUUACUCUGUAUUUCCCGGUUCAUUAUUGUAAUAAGAUUGGCAAUUUCAUGUGUGCUUGAA